CGGAAUAAGGGCCAGAAGCCCAGCUUUAUUUGGUGCAUAGCAUGGACCUGCUCUGGAAGUGAAUCAGAGUUGCAUAGAGAAGGUGGCUGUUCUGUGUAGGAGGCCUUGCCCCAUUUAUGGCAGCGGUUGGAAGAAGGCCCAUGAUUGCUUCCCAGCAUCUUUCCCCUGACUGGUGAAGAGGAUGGAUAAGACAAAAAGAGAAUUGACAAACUCACUGGGGAGGAGCCCCUAUUCUCCUCAACACAGCAGCCAGGCUCAGGUCUUGGACCCCAGCCCAGGAGCCAGCUCAACCCCAACAGAGAGCAACUCCAGGGGGACCAACAGGAAAUACCCAGUGGUGAAACAAAAGGGAUUUUACUCUGAUGUUCUCUAUCCAGGAGCCACAGAUCUCUUGGGGGAUGUGUGUGCUGGCCCCAGCGUCUACAAGAAUUUACUGAGACAAGCUGAUCUUGAGCAGCACACGCCAAAAGUCACAACAUUUGAGAGUCCCACGGACUUUGAGUCUUACCUGGACAAGCAAGUGAUUGGACCGACCACUGAGAUCCUGACCAAGGCAGACUUCCCGCUGCAAGCGUUUAAGCCGAAGGUGCAGCUGCCCUUUCAGGGCCUGCCAGGACAGUGCCCUCGGAAGAUUGAGAUCGAGAGGCAACGACGGCUAUAUCUCAAACUCGAUAUUGCUCAGCUCUUAGCCAAUGAGGGGAUAGAUUCCAAUCAGCUAAUGCCCAGGCACCAAGACCCUGACAAUAUGCCAACCAUUGAACAAAAGAGAGAUCCUCUCUUUCCCAUCUACCUCCCACUGCAGAUAUUUGAUGAUGAGGAGUAUGACUGCCGGACACCAGAAGAGUGGCUCUUGCUGGGGCUGGAACCAGGCUCUCGAGACAGAAAACCAGUUCCCGGAAAAGCGCUUUUACCUACAGAUGAUCUACUGGGACACGAGGAUCCCAAAAGCCGUGAGUUGAUCUAUGAGUGGAUCAGCGUUGGCGUCCUGGAUUACGACAAGGAGACAAAACUGUACUUGGUCCACAAAACAAAUGAGAGGGGAAUGGUGCGAGAUGAAGAAGGGAAGCCUAUCCUAAAUGGCGGAGUAACUCCACAAGGGAGAGCCCCUCUUAUGCCAUGUCAGUAUUGGGUGCCACGAGUCCGUCUGCUGUUCCUCGCAGAGGACCCCCAGGUGUUUGCUCAGCGAGUGGUUUUUGCCAAUGCCCUGCGUAAGAAAACGCAGGCGCUGUUGCGGUACCAUCUGUACGUGGACUGCAUGCCCGUGGACGGGCUGAGGAGCAUUGAUGAGAAGAGCCUGGCUCGGAUGAAGCAGCUGGCAAUGAGCACUUCACACCUGAGAAAGGAGAGGUGUGUGUUGAACUGUCUGCAAUGCCUGGAAAAGGAGGUAACCCUAGACUACAAACGCACCAUGAACAAGAUCAUCUUCGAUGGAGUCAUCACAUCUAAGCCCCAGACGUUUUCAUAUGUCACCCUGCCGGAGAAGGAGGAGGAGAAGGUGCCGGAGAAAGGACUGGUCCAGAUCCCAGAAUAUCCAUUUGAUGAGCAGCGGGAGUCUUUUAUUUUUGUCUCACUCCUGACCAGGCCUGAGGUCAUCCUGGCCUUAUCCCAGGUGCGGGAUGAGUGCAACAAAGCGUCAGCCAUGUCUCUGUUUCACUCAACCUUGUCGAAGUAUGGCCGGCUAGAGGAGUUUGAGCAGAUCCAGACACAGACCUUCACCCAGGUUCAGAUGUUUCUCAAGGACACCUGGAUCAAUACUCUAAAGAUAGCCGUGAAGAGCAGUCUAAGGGAGAUUGGUAAAGGAUGGUACAAUCUCUAUCAGUCCAAUUGGGGGGUAUACCAGAUGUCCAAGCUACAUAAGCUGAUGGAACUCAUCAAGUUCAACUUGCAAGAUUCUGUGCGCUUCCUGGUCCAAGACUCACUGGUCAGCUUCACGCAGUUUUUGCUGGAUGCUUGCUGCGGUGUCCUGGAUUGCUCGGAGGAUAUGGACUGGGGAGAGGACCUCAUCAACAGCCCGUACAAGCCACGAAAGAAUCCUCUCUUUGUAGUGGAUCUGAUUCUAGAUAACACUGGGGUUCACUACAGCACGCCUCUGGAGAACUUCGAGACCGCCCUCGUCUCUCUGUUUGACAAGGGGAUUCUGGCGACCCACACCAUACCACAGCUGGAGAAGUUCGUAUUGGAGAACAUGUUUAUUAGAGGCACCCUCCUGCUGGAGUCGGUGGGCCUGCACGAGCCUGCUGUGGAAGAACUGCGCAAAGCUAUCCGGUCAGCCAUCCGCAAGGCAGUGAUCCCUCUCUAUGCCUAUGCCAAGAAGUAUGAGAACCAGCUAGAGCUGAAUAACAAUGAUAACAAUUUCUUUCUAAAAGAGUACCUGGUCGUGUGCCCUGCUGCCCAGGAUGUGAGAAAAAUAGUAAACCUGCACUUGUCUGAAAAGGAAAUGCUAGACAAUACUUUGCCAAGCUCCAUCGUCAUUGGUCCCUUUCACAUCAACGUUGAAGGUGUCAAGCAAAAUCUGUCCAAAAAACGCAAAGCCCUAGCCACCUCCAUGUUGGACUUGCUGGCUAAGAACCUACACCUACAGGUGAACAAUAUCUGUGAAGUAUUCAAAGCCAUCAGCCGGAAAAUGUAUGAAAAACCAAACAGCAUUGAGGAGCUGGCUGAGCUGCGGGAGUGGAUGAAGGGAAUCCCUGAGCAGCUGAAAGCGCAGGAAGAACUGAUAGGUAAGGUCAUGGAAGACUAUGAGGUUAUGGACGAGUUCCUUUACAACCUUACCCAAGAUGAUUUCACUGACAAGUGGGCUGCGAGUAACUGGCCUCUGAAAAUCGCUACGCUGACGGAGAUGAUUCGGCAGCAGCACCUGGAAGAUGAAGAGAGGUUCCGCAAAAUUCAGCUCAUGGAUCAGAACAACUUUCUGGAACGGCUGGACGGGCUGCAGCUGCUCGUGGCUGGAUUUUCUGUCCAUAUGGACAUCACCCGAGCGCAUGAGAUAGCAAAUGAAGCGAGAAGGGUGAAGAAGCAGUUGAAGGAAUCUCAGCAAAUGGCACUGCUCUACAACAACAGGGAGCGGAUAUUUGGCUUGCCGGUUACUAAUUAUGAUAAGCUCUCCAGGAUGGUUAAGGAAUUCCAGCCAUACUGGGAUCUUUGGACCACAGCAUCGGACUGGAUACGCUGGUCUGAGAGCUGGAUGAAUAAUCCCCUCAGUGCAUUUGACGCUGAACAGCUAGAGAAGACAUGCCAGGACGUGGCUGUGGAAAUCCGGGGCGGGAUUGAGGAGUUCAGACCAUAUAUCCCCCUGAUUCAGGGCCUGCGCAAUCCGGGCAUGCGGAACCGGCACUGGGAGAUGCUGUCCAAGGAGAUCAACAUCAACAUUAAGCCCAAGGCCAAUCUGACGUUUGCUCGCUGUCUGGACAUGAAGCUGCUGGACCACAUCGACAGCAUUGCCAAAAUAGCUGAGAUCGCGGGCAAGGAGUUCUCCAUUGAGAAUGCACUUGAUAAGAUGGAGGGCGAAUGGGAAUCCGUCCUGUUCAAUGUGCUGCCGUAUAAGAGCACAGAAACCUACAUUCUGAAGAGCCCCGAUGAAGCCUCCCAGCUCCUGGAUGAUCAUAUUGUCAUGACGCAAAGCAUGUCCUUCUCCCCUUACAAGAAGCCCUUUGAGGACAGGAUGAACACCUGGGAAAACAAGCUGAAAAUGACACAGGAUGUCCUGGAGGAGUGGCUGACAUGCCAGCGCUCCUGGCUCUACCUGGAGCCCAUCUUUAGCUCAGAGGACAUCAAUCGGCAGCUGCCCGUAGAGAGCAAACGCUACCAAACCAUGGAUAGGAUGUGGAGGAAGAUCAUGAAGAAUGCUAAUGAGAACAGAGAGGUUAUUUCCCUGUGUCCCGAUCCCAGGCUGCUGGAGAGCCUUCGGAAAUGUAAUCAGCUGCUUGACCUUGUGCAGAAGGGGCUGAGCGAAUACCUGGAGACCAAGAGAGGAGCUUUCCCCAGGUUCUACUUUCUUUCGGACGACGAGCUGCUGGAGAUACUGUCCCAGACAAAAGACCCCACCGCCGUACAGCCUCACCUCCGCAAGUGCUUUGAGAACAUCGCCCGGCUGCUCUUCCAGGAGGACCUGCAGAUCACACACAUGUACUCGGCAGAAGGGGAGGAAGUGAAGCUGUUUUUCCCCAUUUACCCCACCGGCAACGUGGAGGACUGGCUGCUGGAAGUCGAGAAGUCUAUGAAGGCCAGCGUACGGGACAAUAUUGAAAGAUCCAUCUGGGUGUAUCCAAACACGCAGCGUACUUUGUGGGUCUUGCAAUGGCCUGGGCAGGUGACCAUCGCUGGCUGUCAGACCUUCUGGACAAAGGAAGUAUCCGAGGCUUUGGAAGCUGGGGAUUUGUCCACCAGGCUGUUUCCACAGCUGAGCGCUCAGCUGAGUGACCUGGUAGCCCUGGUCCGAGGAAAGCUGUCGAGGAUGCAGCGAACAGUGUUGUCCGCGCUCAUUGUGAUCGAAGUCCAUGCCAAGGAUGUUGCUGCUAAGCUGAUUGAGGAGAACGUGAUGAGUGAGAAUGAUUUUGAGUGGAUCUCUCAGCUCAGAUACUACUGGGCCAGGAACGAUCUGUACAUCCGAGCAGUGAACGCUGAGUUCAUCUACGGCUACGAAUACUUGGGGAACAGUGGCCGCCUGGUGAUCACCCCCCUCACUGACAGGUGCUACCUGACGCUUACUGGAGCCCUGCAUCUAAAAUUUGGAGGCGCGCCUGCAGGGCCUGCCGGAACAGGGAAAACUGAAACCACUAAAGAUCUGGGGAAAGCUCUCGCCAUCCAGACUGUGGUGUUCAACUGCUCUGACCAGCUUGACUUCAUGGCGAUGGGGAAAUUCCUGAAGGGACUUGCCAGCUCCGGCGCGUGGGCCUGCUUCGAUGAGUUUAACCGCAUUGACGUGGAGGUGCUGUCGGUGGUGGCCCAGCAGAUCGCAACCAUUCAAAAGGCCCAGCAGCAAAGGGUGGACCGCUUCAUGUUUGAAGGCGCUGAGAUCCCACUGGUCCCAUCCUGCGCCGUCUUCAUCACCAUGAACCCCGGCUAUGCAGGGCGCACUGAAUUACCAGACAACCUGAAGGCUCUCUUCCGCCCUGUGGCUAUGAUGGUUCCAGACUAUUCCAUGAUUGCGGAGAUCUCGCUCUACUCCUUUGGGUUCAACGAAGCCAAGAUCCUGGCGAAGAAGAUCACCACGACGUUCAAACUGUCAUCGGAACAGCUCAGCAGCCAGGACCAUUAUGACUUUGGAAUGAGAGCUGUGAAGACUGUGAUCUCAGCAGCGGGCAACCUCAAGAGAGAGAACCCUACCAUGAAUGAAGAGCUGAUCUGCCUUAGGGCCAUCCGGGAUGUCAAUGUGCCCAAGUUCCUGCAGGAUGACCUCAAGUUGUUCAAUGGUAUUGUCUCCGACUUGUUUCCCAAGAUCAAAGAGGAGCCUAUAGAAUAUGGCAUCCUGGAAGAAGCAAUCCGCAAAUGCUGCACCAAAGACAACCUCAAGGAUGUGGAGGGUUUUGUGACGAAGUGCAUCCAGCUGUACGAAACCACAGUGGUGCGCCACGGCCUCAUGCUGGUGGGGCCCGCAGGCUCGGGGAAAACCAAGUGCUACAAAGUGCUGGCAGCUGCCAUGACCUCUCUGAAAGGUCAGCCUUCCGUCAGCGGGGGGAAUUAUGAAGCAGUCAAGUACUUCAUACUGAAUCCGAAAUCCAUCACCAUGGGCCAGCUAUAUGGAGAGUUUGACUUGCUAACACAUGAAUGGACGGAUGGGAUUCUUUCCUCGCUCAUCCGGGUGGGCGCUAUCGCCAGUGACACCAAUAAGAAGUGGUAUGUGUUUGACGGGCCCGUCGACGCCGUCUGGAUCGAGAAUAUGAACACUGUGCUGGAUGAUAACAAGAAGCUGUGUCUCAGCUCUGGAGAAAUCAUUAAGCUCACUGAGGUGAUGACCAUGAUGUUUGAAGUCCAGGACCUGGCUGUUGCCUCCCCCGCCACAGUCUCCCGGUGUGGCAUGGUUUACCUGGAGCCCAGCAUCUUGGGGCUCAGGCCCUUUGCUGAGUGCUGGCUGAGGAAAAUUCCAGACAUCAUCAAGCCUUUUGCAGAGCAGCUUGAAUCCCUUUUCAGCAGAUUCCUAGAGGAGUCCAUCAGCUUUGUCCGCAGAUCAGUGAAAGAGAUAAUUGCCUCAACAGACAGCAACCUGGCAAUGAGCCUUCUCAAGCUGCUGGAGUGCUUCUAUGAGCCUUUCAUCCCCAUUGAGGGCAUUCGGAAGCUUCCCCAGGAGAAGAUUGCUCGACUCGGAGAACUGAUAGAGCCCUGGUUCAUGUUCGCUUUGAUCUGGAGCGUGGGUGCAACUGGAGAUGCCCAAAGCCGCAUGGCCUUCAGCUUGUGGUUGAGAGAGAAGAUGGCAAAGGAGCAGAUCCAGCUGCUUUUCCCAGCGGAGGGGCUGGUUUACGAUUAUAAGCUGGAUGAUGCUGGACUCAGCAAUCCCGAGGAUGAUGUUGAUGAAGAUGUUGUCAAGGAGGUGGCCUGGGUAAAUUGGAUGGAUUCCACGGCAAAGUUCACCAUGGUCCCUGACACCAGCUACUGCGACAUCAUAAUCCCCACAAUGAAUACUGUGCAGAUGGCCCACAUGCUGGAAAUGCUGCUCACCAAUCGAAAACCAGUUCUCUGUGUGGGUCCGACUGGCACGGGGAAGACUCUCACCAUUUCAGACAAGCUUUUGAAGAACUUGCCUCUGGAAUACAUCACCCACUUUCUGAUGUUUUCCGCUCGCACCUCCGCCAACCAAACCCAGGACCUCAUUGACAGCAAACUGGACAAAAGGAGGAAGGGGGUGUUUGGGCCGCCUCUUGGCAAGUAUUUCAUAUUUUUCAUUGAUGACCUAAACAUGCCGGCAUUGGAGACCUAUGGCGCUCAGCCUCCCAUCGAGCUGCUUCGGCAGUGGAUGGACCACCACGGCUGGUACGACAGGAAACAGAUCGGGACCUUCAAGAAACUGGUGGAUAUUAACUUUGUCUGCGCCAUGGGCCCCCCAGGCGGAGGAAGGAACGCCAUCACGUCCCGCCUCACCCGCCAUUUCAACUAUCUUUCCUUCACGGAGAUGGAGGACAGCAGCAAGAAGAAAAUCUUCUCUACCAUUCUCGGCAGCUGGAUGGCUGGCCUCCUUGGCGAAAGAAGUUACAGAGAUCCAGUCCCGGGAGCCCCCCCCGCCGAGCCCCUGAACGAGCCCCUUGUCGAUGCCACCAUUCGUGUGUAUUCCACCAUCACCUCCCAACUGCUGCCUACUCCAGCAAAGUCGCACUACACCUUUAACCUGAGGGAUCUCUCCAAAGUGUUCCAGGGCAUGCUCAUGGCCGAAGCCUGCAAAAUUGAGAACAAACUGCACCUGCUCCGGCUCUGGUACCACGAGAGCUGCCGCGUGUUCCGCGACCGCCUGGUUAACGAGGAGGACCGCAACUGGUUUGACGAUCUGAUGAAGAGCAUGAUGGCCGAGUGGGACACCACCUUUGAGGAGGUGAUCCCCUACCAACCAGUUCUCUUUGGGGAUUUCAUGAUGCCUGGGGCUGAAGUCAAACUCUACGAGCUAAUUGAUGACCAGGAGAAGCUCACACGCAUUAUUGAGGAGUACAUGGAGGAGUACAACCAGAUCAACACCACCAAGAUGAAGCUGGUCCUCUUUAUGGAUGCCAUGCAGCACAUCUGCCGGAUCAGCAGGAUCCUGCGCCAGGCACUGGGGAAUGCGCUCCUGCUGGGCGUCGGGGGGAGCGGAAGGGAGUCUCUCACCAGGCUGGCCUCUCACAUGGCUGACUACGAAUGUUUCCAGAUUGAACUGUCCAAAAACUAUGGGAUGGCAGAGUGGCGAGAAGAUAUCAAGAAGAUCAUGCUGAAGGCUGGCCUGCAGAGACUGCCCAUUACCUUUCUGUUCACAGACUCGCAGAUCAAAAGCGAGUCCUUCCUGGAGGAUAUCAACAACGUGCUGAACUCCGGAGACAUCCCCAAUCUGUAUGCCCCGGACGAGCAGGACCAAAUCAUGACUACUAUGAAGCCCAUUGUCCAGGACCUAGGGCAGCAGCCUACCAAGGCCAACCUGAUGGCUGCAUACACAGGCCUAGUUCGAAGUAAUAUCCAUAUGGUCCUGUGCAUGAGUCCUAUUGGAGAGGUGUUCCGUGCGCGGCUGCGGCAGUUCCCCUCUCUAGUGAACUGCUGCACCAUCGACUGGUUCAACGAGUGGCCGGCAGAAGCCCUGGAGUGCGUCGCAUCGUCCUUUUUGCAAGAGAUCCCGGACCUUGAAGCCACCUCCGAAGUUAUAGACGGCAUGAUUCAGAUGUGUGUGGCGAUCCACCAGGGCGUGGCAGUGAAGUGCAAAGUGUACCUGGCGGAGCUUGCCCGGCACAAUUACGUGACUCCCAAGAGCUACCUGGAGCUCCUGAGCAUCUUCUCAGCCCUGAUCGGGAAGAAGAAACAGGAGCUGAACAUGGCGAAGAAGAGGAUGAAGAGUGGCUUGGACAAGCUACUGCGCACAGCAGAAGACGUAGCAAAGAUGCAGGAAGAGCUAGAAUCAGCGCGGCCCCUGCUGGCAGAGGCAGCCAAAGACACGCUGGCCACUAUGGAGCAAAUAAAGGUGGACACGGCCGUGGCGGAGGAGACACGAAACGCUGUGCAGGCCGAGGAGAUGAAAGCCAAGGUGAAGGCCCAAACAGCCCAGGCCAUUGCGGACGACGCCCAGAAGGACCUGGCGGAGGCUCUCCCUGCCCUGGACGCAGCUCUGGCCAGCCUGAGAAACCUUAACAAGAACGAUGUCACGGAGGUGCGAGCGAUGCAGCGGCCGCCCCUCGGGGUGAAGAUGGUGAUUGAAGCUGUCUGCAUCAUGAAAGGAAUCAAGCCCAAGAAAGUGCCUGGAGAAAAGCCAGGCUCUAAGGUGGACGACUACUGGGAGCCGGGCAAGGGCCUUCUUCAGGACCCAGGGAAGUUCCUGGAGAGCCUGUUUAAGUACGAUAAGGACAACAUCGCCGAUUCAGUGAUUAAAGCCAUCCAGCCGUAUAUAGACAACGAGGAGUUCCAACCGGCCGCCAUCGCCAAAGUGUCCAAAGCCUGCACCUCCAUCUGCCAGUGGGCGCGGGCCAUGCACAAGUACCACUUCGUGGCCAAGGCCGUGGAGCCCAAGCGGCAAGCCUUGCGGGAGGCUGAGGAGGACCUGCAGGCCACUCAGAAGAUCCUGGACGAGGCCAAGGACCGCCUGCGAGAAGUGGAGGACGGCAUCGCCACCCUGCAGGCCAAGUACAGGAGCUGCAUCGCCAAGAAGGAGGAGCUGGAGAUGAAGUGUGAGCUGUGUGAGCAGAGGCUGGGCCGGGCGGACAAGUUAAUUAACGGCCUGGCAGAUGAGAAGGUGCGCUGGCAGGACACAGUCCAGAACCUGGAGUACAUGAUCAACAACAUUGCCGGGGACGUUCUCUUGGCAGCAGGCUUCGUGGCGUACCUGGGCCCUUUCACGGGCCAAUACCGCAUUGCACUGUGCGAGGAAUGGCUAAAGAAACUGGAGGAAUACGGCGUCCCGCACACCAAGGAGCCCAGCUUGAUAAGCACGCUGGGAGACCCCGUGAAAAUCCGAUCAUGGCAGAUUGCCGGCUUGCCCAAUGACACCCUGUCCGUGGAGAACGGCGUCAUAACACAGUUUUCACAGCGCUGGACUCACUUCAUAGACCCCCAGGGACAAGCCAACAAAUGGAUCAAGAACUUGGAGAAGGAGAGCGGGUUGGAAGUGGCCAAGCUGAGCGACCGGGACUUUCUGCGCAGCUUGGAGAACUCCAUUCGCUUCGGGAAGCCGUUCCUGCUGGAGAACGUCGGGGAGGAGCUGGAUCCGGCGCUCGAGCCCGUCUUGCUGAAACAGACUUACAAGCAGCAGGGCAGCACGGUGCUGAAGCUGGGAGAUACGGUCAUUCCGUACCACGAGGACUUCACGAUGUACAUCACCACCAACCUGCCCAAUCCCCACUACACGCCGGAGAUCUCCACCAAGCUCACGCUCAUCAACUUCACCCUCUCGCCCAGCGGCUUUGAAGAACCGCUGCUGGGGCAAGUGGGGGGCGGGGGGGAGCGACCGGACUUAGAAGAGGCCAAGAACCAGCUGAUCAUUAGCAACGCCAAGAUGCGCCAGGAGCUGAAGGAGAUAGAGGACCAGAUCCUGUACCGGCUCAGCUCCUCCGAGGGGAACCCCGUCGAUGACUUGGAGCUCAUCAAAGUGCUGGAGGCGUCCAAGCUAAAAGCAGGGGAAAUCCAGGCCAAGGUGAAGAUAGCCGAGCAGACGGAGAAAGACAUCGACAUCACGCGGCUGGAGUACGUGCCCGUAGCCGUCCGCACGCAGAUCCUUUACUUCUGUGUCUCCGACCUGUCCAACGUGGAUCCCAUGUACCAGUAUUCACUCGAGUGGUUCCUCAACAUCUUCUUGUCCGGAAUCACCAACUCCGAGAGAGCAGACACCCUGAAGAAGCGGAUCGUGAACAUAAACAAUUACCUCACCUUCAGUCUCUACUGCAACGUGUGCCGCAGUCUCUUUGAGAAGCACAAACUCAUGUUUGCCUUUCUGCUGUGCGUCCGCAUCAUGAUGAACGAAGGGAAAAUCAACAUGGAUGAGUGGCGUUACCUCCUGUCUGGAGGGACCGUGAAAACGAUGCGCGAGAACCCGGCUCCCGAGUGGCUGUAUGAGAGAGCCUGGGGGGACAUCUUGGCCUUAACCAACCUGAGGAAUUUCUCCAGCUUUGCAGACGACUUUGUGGACAACGUCGAGGGGUUCCGCGCAAUUUUUGACAGUGCCGAGCCGCACCGAGAGCCGCUGCCUGGCAAGUGGGACAGCCAGCUGGACUCCUUCCAGAAGCUGCUGCCCCUCCGCUGCCUGCGAGGAGAUAAGGUCACCAACGCCAUGCAGGACUUUGUGGCCCUGAAUCUGGACCAGCGCUUCAUCGAGCCCCAGACGUCAGACCUCACUGCGGUGUUCAGGGAGUCCGCCUCCACCACCCCGCUGAUAUUCGUGCUCUCCCCUGGGACGGACCCAGCCGCCGAUCUCUACAAAUUUGCUGAAGAAAUGAAGUUCUCCAAGAAGCUGUCGGCUAUUUCUCUGGGCCAGGGUCAGGUGAGCCACUGGCAGGCUCAGGGCAAGGACUGUGUCACUCCGUGCCCAAGGGGUUACUCGUGUAGCGCCCGGGAAGUGCACCGCGACUUUCGCCUGUGGCUCACCAGCCUGCCCAGUAACCAGUUCCCAGUGUCCAUCCUUCAGAACGGCUCCAAGAUGACCAUCGAGCCCCCGCGCGGGGUCAAGGCCAACCUGCUCAAGUCCUACAUGAGCCUGAGUGACGACUUCCUGAACUCCUGCUCCAAGGUCUCCGAGUUUAAGUCCCUGCUGCUGUCGCUUUGCCUGUUCCACGGGAACGCGCUGGAGCGGAGGAAGUUCGGGCCGCUGGGGUUCAAUAUCCCCUAUGAGUUCACGGAUGGAGACCUCCGCAUCUGCAUCAGCCAGCUGAAGAUGUUCCUGGACGAAUAUGCGGACAUCCCGUACAAGGUUCUGAAAUACACGGCUGGGGAGAUCAAUUACGGAGGUCGGGUGACAGACGACUGGGACAGGCGCUGCAUCAUGAAUAUAUUAGAAGAUUUCUACAAGCCGGAAGUUCUAACUGAGGAUUUUGCUUAUUCCGAGUCUGGGAUCUACAAACAGAUCAACACCACCUAUGAUCUUAACGGCUACAUCCAGUACAUCAAGAGCCUGCCGCUCAAUGACAUCCCGGAGAUCUUCGGCUUGCACGACAAUGCCAACAUCACCUUUGCGCAGAACGAGACCUUCAUGCUGCUCGGGGCCAUCGUUCAGCUGCAGCCAAAGACGUCCACGUCCGGCGGCCAAGGCCGGGAGGAGCUGGUGGAGGAGACGUCGAAGGACAUCCUGGCGAAGGUCCCCGUGCCCAUUAACCUGCAGGAGGUGAUGCUGAAAUACCCGGUGCUGUACGAGGAGUCCAUGAACACGGUGCUGGCGCAGGAGGUGAUCAGAUACAACCGGCUGCUGCAAGUCAUUGCCCAGACGCUGCAGGAUUUGCUGAAAGCGCUCAAGGGCCUGGUGGUGAUGUCGUCCCAGCUGGAGCUCAUGGCCAACAGCCUGGCCAACAACAUUGUUCCCGAGCUCUGGAACGCCAAGGUGCGCGGCCGCCUGCCUGCCGGGGGCGUCACGGGGCUGGGCCACAACGCCGCCCGCGCGGGCCUGCCUGGGGGACGCGGCUCAGGACUUGACAGCAGGGCCCGGGGCAAGGACACUAGACCGGCCCCAUUGGGCAGGUUGAUUGGUACAGCCACCACAAGUCAGAGCAGCAGCAGUAGGAGAGGGCGACCAGCCCCAGGGUCGCACUCCCCUACAUCUUUGCCCCUUUCCCUGGCAGGGACCCUGUCCACAACUGGCCAUUCCACCAACUACGUGAUCGCCGUGGAGAUCCCCAGCAGCAAGGCCCAGCGCCACUGGAUCAAGCGGGGCGUGGCCCUGAUCUGUGCUCUGGACUUCUAGGCCACCAGGGCGGGGGGUGCCGACUGGCUGGUGGUAACCCCGCUCUGGCUGCCCCCUGUAAAGAAAAAGCUGGUUUUCCCAACCUUGGCCUGCUCCCUUCUCUUCCCACUCCGCACCCCAGCUAAGGCACUGGAAGAUAGUUUCUAGGCACAGCAGCCUCCGUCCUCUGGACCGUUAACCAGCCCUGGGCUGGGACAGCUUUAUUCUUUCCUAGAGGGCUGCUAGUUACAGCCUGGCCCAGCCCAUGCAGCAGGAGCCCAGCCCUGGUUUCAGCACACGGGCACGCUCGGGGCAAACAGGCGGGCUGGUAAAUCCAGUUGUGCCCGGAGGCCAAGCAGCUUCCACAUGCAGCUGCCUCCGGAACGCCAGGGCGAGGGGCGGCAUUGAACCUUGUGCGUUCCCUUCCGGCCGCGCCGGCAAGCCCCCGCCGGGCUUGGAGAGAACCCGCCUUCUGCCGUCACCGC